UGUGCUUUUAUUUUGAAGGACCAGCACCGGAUGUCGUGUUACUGUUGUCGUUGCAGCAGGAGGAGCAUCGUGUGGAGGGAAGCAGACAUCACCUCGUCGACACGAGUUUCUCUCACUAUAACUUAACGUUUACGCUUUGGGACCACUCAGUUGGUGGCGGUGUCUUACAAUGAUCAUCCCUGUCCGGUGCUUCACGUGUGGGAAGAUCGUGGGUAACAAGUGGGAGGCGUACCUCGGCCUGCUCCAAGCCGAGUACACUGAAGGUGAUGCCCUUGAUGCCUUGGGCCUGAAGAGAUACUGUUGUCGGAGGAUGCUCCUUUCUCACGUGGACCUUAUUGAGAAGUUAUUGAAUUAUGCUCCACUGGAGAAGUGAUUGUUACCUUCAAGACCUGCAGGGACUUUUGUGGGGCUGUGACAUGGACAUAUUCAUGUUAUGUUUUUGUGUGAGAGCAAACGGUGAUCUCCUUUCGAAUGUUAAUUUGUGCACCCGUUUGAAUGCUGUUUUUCCUUUCUAAAUAAAGCUAUUAAAUGACCUA